AUGGCCGACACAUCAGGAAUUGCUCCUAGAGAAACUAUGGAACUUUUAAGUAGACAAGUUGGUGGUCGUCAAAACGUUGGAUUUACAAAUGUGGAUUAUAAAAACUAUUUGCGUUCUAAGCGAACUAUUAGAAUGAAAACAGGGGAUACAAGUGGUGUGUUAGAGUAUCUGCAGAGAAUGCAAUCAAAUGAUCCUAAUUUCUUUUAUGCUAUUCAAGUAGAUGAAGAUGAUUUGAUAACAAAUAUUUUUUGGGAUGACGCAAGAAUGAUGGUAGACUGUGAUUACUUCGGCGAUGUGGUAAGUUUCGACACCACCCAUAGAAAAAACAAAGAUGGAAGACCUUUUGCCAUGUUUGUCGGAGUAAAUAAUCAUAGGAAAACCGUUAUAUUUGGUGCUUCUUUAUUAUAUGAUGAAACAUCAGAGACUUACAUGUGGUUAUUUGAUACCUUUGCUGAAACUAUGUCUGGGAAGAAGCCAAAGUGUAUUUUUACUGACCAAGAUGAAGCAAUGGCUAAAGCACUGACUUCACAAUGGCCAGAAUCAUGUCAUCGAUUAUGUAUUUGGCACAUGUUUCAAAAUGCUGCAAAACACUUAAGCCAUGAGUUUCAUAAAUUUAAUGAUUUCACGAAAUUUUUUAAUAAGUGUGUAUAUAAUUAUGAAGACGAGGAAGAAUUUACAGAUGCUUGGAAGAAGAUGCUCGCAAAAUAUGACCUCAACAACAAUGUUUCGUUAAAUACAUUAUUCAGUUUAAGAGAAAAAUGGGCGUUGGUUUAUGGGCGAGAUAAUUUUUGCGCAGAAAUGACCACGACUCAACGUAGUGAAAAUUUGAAUAGUGUUAUAAAAAAAUACAUAAGCUACAAGUAUGAUUUAGUGCUAUUUUUUGAGCAUUUUCAAAGAAUGGUUGAAGCUCGUCGUUACAAUGAAUUGGCGAUGGAAUUUAAAGCAAGUCAAAGUUAUCCUGCAAUGACGUUUCCGGUGAAAAUUAUUUCAGAAGGAAUUAUCUAG